AUGCUGGCCUCGGGAGCGCCCCCGCUGGUGGCGGCGGCCGUGCUUCUGGCGGCGGCGGCGGCGGAGCUCUGCCCGGGAGAGGCCUGCGGCGCGGCCGUGGAACUGGAGGAGGAGACCAGCCUGCUGUCGGUGAGGGAGCGCGCCGCGUCGGGCUCCCCGCCGUGCCUGACGCCCUACAGGACUGGCAACAGGAUGUUCCAGGCGUGCUGCGGCGGCCUCGAGUGGGCGGACCUGAACGGCACCGACUACUGCGUACCGUGGGGCACUUACAGAGAGAAUACGCAGUCUGGGCAGAAGUGCCAGGCCGAUGGCGAUAUCUGCCGUGACAACGCCGGACGCGGCCCUUGCUGUUCAGGCAGCUGCAUGGGAUCUGACGAGGAGUGCCAGGCGGGACAGUGCACUUGCAAGACCAACCCAUAUGUCCAGGUGCCGCUGAACGGCGUCUGUAAGUACACCGUGGCCUGGGGCCAGGGCGAGACCCACGCCAACGUGUACCCGUGCACGGGCGGGACGACGUGUGCAACUCAGGAUUGGAUGGGCGUGGGCGUCUGCUUACCCGCGACGCCGGACGCGAGCGGCGCCGUCCAGGACCCCUACGGGGCUGCCCCUGCGGCCUCCGAUCUGCCCGGCCCGCCCGAGGCGCAGCCGCCGCGGCCCCCGCGGGAGCAGGCGCCCCCGGCCUCGGGGCCGGGGCGGCCGCCCGCCGCCGAGGCCACCAGCGGCGGCGCUACUUCGUCAAGGGCUUCUGGAACUGGCCCGGCGCCGAUCGAAGUGGACCUUACUGACGACAUCGUCCCCACCGUUUUUUAUGACGACAAGAAGAGCGUCUUCUCGAAGGACGGGCGAUGGAUCCUCCCAAAGAGGGCGGAGUUCCCUUCGGUCUUCUGCGCGCUGCGGGUCCAGGUGGUUUUUGACGCGCUGGCUGCCGACGCGAAUGGGGCCGCAAGGGAUCCAGCAGAGUUGGACGAUGCCGCAAUUGAAGGAGCGCUGCGAGACGACAUCGGCUUCGGGAAGAUGCUCGUUCGCUGGGAUGAUGUUCGUGCUGCAGGUGUUCCUGCCAGAAGCCGGAAGGUGCUGGCCUCCGUGAACGGGAGCCUGCCUUCCGGUGUGAGCGAGGGCUCCGUGGUGGAGGUGCAGCGCCUUGGUGUAUCAUGCAAGAUCACCGACGUCGCGGAGACCUGUGACGACAUUGAUCCCAAACGCAUAGUUUCUUUAUCACGGUACUUCCACGAGUCCCUAGAGAGCGACGUCAUCGUCUUCGAAGUGCCGCAGCUGUGGAUCAUUCCCGACCCGGAUUUCGUUGCCAAGAAGGAGUGUAUAGGCUUAUAUCCUGGCAGCCUCUGGAUGGGCUUCCUGAACGCGUGGGGGCCGGUGGUGACCGCCAUGGUGUAUUUCAGGAACAUCAAGAAGAAAGUGCCGAAGCCGAUGUGUAACCUCUUGGUGAAAUACAAGGAUCGCGAGUCCCUGAAGAUGUGCUACACAUUUCUGUUCGAGCGGUACCUCGUGCAUCCUAAAGAGGAGGACCAGCUGUUCCCGCCCGCGUGCCGGCUGACGACCAUGACCCGCUUCAAGAGCGAGCUUGGGGCCGCUGCCGGGAAAGCCGCUGCGAAGGCGCCGGUGGGCGGCAAGGCGGGGGUACUCGCCAAGAGGAUACCCGCGGCGAAGAAGGCGGCGCCAGGGAAGGCCGUCGCUAAGGUGCCCGCCAAGGCGAUCACCAAGAUGCCGGCCAAGGUGAAGGCUGCAGCGCCGCUGAUGAUGCCCACCGCCACGAAGUCGGCCGCCCCCGCUGCCCGGAAGUCCGCGGGGCUCGCCCCGCCGCCGGCGAAGGUUCGUGCUCCGACUCCGACGGAGUUCUCGGAGGCACCGAUGUAUCCGUCGCCGCCGCCGCCCAAGAAGGGCCUCCUGCUGCCCAAGUCGGCGGUGCCGCGGGCGGGCCCCGCGGGCUCCGAGGAAAUGCCCGACCAGGGGCAUGGCGAGAGCGGCGACGGCCAGGCCGAGGGCCCCCUGACGCCCGCCGAGGCCAUGAGGGUGCUCUCGGGCAAGCAGCGGGAGGCCUUCGAGAUGGCGAUGUCCAGGAUGGAGCGCCUCGAGCGGGAGAACCAGGAGCUGAUGGAAAUUUUGUUGCAGAUGCAGUCGCUGCUGCAGCAACAGCAGCAGCGGAACGCCAGGCUGACGCAGCUGGCGGGCCUCAGCGCUUCUGGGACCAGCAGCGGGCCGGCGGCGAUGGGCGUGGCGCCCGCGGUUGCCAGCGCCACGGGGGCGCUGCAGGCGGCCUCCGUGGGCCAGGCGCCGCCGCAGGCUCCCCCGCGCCGCCCUGCUUCCCGGGGCCUGGCGACCGCCGCUGCGGCACAGUCUGGCCCGGCGGCCGCCGGCGAGCUGGCGGCCGCCGCCGCCGGCCUCGCGGCGGACGAGGCCGCGCACUACGCCAUGGGCGCCGGCGAGGAGGGCGCCAGCGCCGAGGCGCCUUGGGUUCGCCAGCGCAAGCGGCCCCGGAGGACGCCGCGCGUAGGUGCCGGUGCCGCCGGCAAGCUUGUUGCUGCAGGCGCGGCGGCCGACGGCCGAGGCGCGGCUCUGGCCUCGUACCACAACGCGCUGCUCGGCGUCUGA